CCAGGUUUCAAGAGAAAGUGACUGUUCACUAUAAAGUGCUCAAAGCCAGAUUUGGAGCGCAUACGUCCUUUGAAAUGUAACAGUGUUUGCUACGUAGGUCAGCUGGAGAUCUUUUGAUGACUAAGAAUUGUGUUCAGUCAUGUACUAAUCAGUGAUUCUCAUCUCCAUUCUUCUCCUCAAGCAAGAAGUAACUGCAUGCAAGGGCUUUCAGACAGCUAGAGGCCCAAGUGAAAGUGUAGUAUCAGUAUUAGGCUAAUGUGUCAGCCUUCAAUACCAGUGUAAUUGGUCUCUACGUCACUUUACGCACCGUCCUCCAGCACGUUUCUCGUCGUUUCCGGUCCGCAUCCUUGUCAGCAGCAUCCGCGCCAUCCGUCAGUGAGCACUGCAGCCUCAUCAACCCACAUCACAUCACCGGAUCACCGUAUUUAGAGAUAUGGAGUUCACCAUCCGCGCGGCCAACGUGGACGACUGCAAGGACAUCGCACGUAUGAUCACGGAACUGGCAGAAUAUGAGAAAGCCAUAGACCAAGUAAGAAUCACACAAAAAGAUUUGGAGCAGGAUGGAUUCUCAAAAAACCCAUUCUUCCAUGCGAUCAUCGCUGAAGUGCCAGAACAGCACAAAAUGCAAGAAGGUCAUACCAAGGUGGGAUAUGCACUUUAUUACUUUUCCUACUGCUCAUUUAGAGGCAGAGCUGUUUUCAUGGAAGACUUAUAUGUGAUGCCUGAAUUUAGAGGGAAGGGUAUUGGCAAGGCACUAAUGAGCAAAGUUGCACAGCUUGGUUUAGCAGCAGGCUGUCAGCAGCUGAACUUCACAGUUUUGAACUGGAACAAGUCGUCUCUGGACUUUUACUUGAAUCAGGGGUGCACUGACACCACAGCGGAGACAGGAUACCACUACAUGUGCUGUAAAGGAGAGGCCCUGGAGCACCUGGCCCAGCCAUAACACAGCCAUGAACCAUCUUUCAGCAUCCAGGUUUAGUCACACAGAGAAAUGGCUCCAUCUAGUGGCCAGCUGUAAAAUAACAAGGGCAACAUAAAAAUGGUGCAUUUACUGUACAAGGCCAUUACAAAUAUAUGUAUUCAUAAACAGAAUAAUCAGAUAACCCAAUAAUAAUAUCUGAUUAUUGCUGUAUUAACAUGCACAUCACACAAACACAUACACCUACAUGUCAUCUCAGUAUGAAAGUACAACAAAAAACUUCAAGCAAUAAUCUCAUCAGCUCAUCAAAUACAUGUUUACUAAACAAACUUCACAUAUAUUAUAUUAUAUACAUCCAUUAUAUACACUGACCCGAUAACUAGGGGUUUGGGCUGGGUACUAGUCUGGGUAACUAGUCUAGACUCAAUGCCAUGCACUUUAAUUUAAUUCACUUACUAUAAAUUUGGAUAAGACUGUGAAGAAGUGACUUGGUUUUAGCAAUAUUCAUAACAUACUUUCACUUGUAGGAUAUUUUUGCACAAGUAUAAAUAUAUAAAUGUGACAUAAUGCACAAAUCCCUGUUAUGCAAUAAGAGUUAUAGACUGUUUAUGGAAAAUAUUGUUGUCAAUGUUGCACAAUGCUGUAUUUGCACUGCUUCAUUUAUUGGUAUAAUAUUACAGCAAAACACAGUGGAGUCAUGUGGGUUCAUUGGACUGGUUCUACAGACUGAACUGAAAAUAGCAGUCUUGGAUAAGUCUCUUGUCUUUAAUCCUGUCCCAUUAAACUCAGAAUGGCACAACCCCCAGCCACUGUUUUAAAUCCAGUUUGAUUUUUAAAAGAGAUCUUUAUGUAUCAUGUCCAAAAAUGUAAUGAGAACAGUCUGACUGUCUUUCCUCUCUCUCUAAACAAUAGGAACCACUGAGACUGUUGGGAAUGCUGGAAUUUGAGUGUUGUUUACCAAAACUAGGAAUUGUUCUGUGUUAUUUUUCCUCAUUAUGUUUGAACAAACCGACCUAGCUUUGGAAAACAAAAUGUAAUUGUCUGCCAUGGUCUCUUCCAAAAGUCCACCGCAUGCACAUAUUUAUAUUUGCCUAGUUUGAAACUUCAGAAAUCUACAUCUUAAGAUUCCCACAUGCAUUCUUCAAGUGAUUUCCAAAUCCAAGUUUUUAGAGGUUGUGUGCCAGUUUGAACCCAAAUAUGGCUAAAAAGUUAGUGUGUUGAGCUUACCUUAGGACCUAACAAUAUUUCUCAAUCUUAGUAUUUUCAAGUCUAUUGUGAGAUGCUACUGUUACUACUUACAAUAUAUUUUUAUGUCUUAAAUAUUGCAUACUCAGGUAUAUAUUGUUUAAAACUGUGUAGACAGAUAGUCUUUGGUUGAGGGCAAAAGUUUGCAAUGAUAUAUGUUUUCAAUUCAAUAAAAGUCAGUUGUAUGUGGGAA